AUUAUUAUUUGAAUUAAGAGGGUUAUAAUAGAGUCGAAUCCUGAAAGGGACUUUUUUUUUUUCUCAAUAUCUAAAGCCUGGUUAGCCAUAGAAUCGCUACUCAGUCGUUGCACUGCGUAGCUGUCCCUGACGCAAUCAGGAAUGCCCCCUGAUUCAACUAACCAAUCAGUGUCGCCAAAGAAGUCAGCGAUACGUGUAGCGAUUUUCAUGGAAACAGGCUUUCCAUGUUAAAUGAUGCCUUUUUUACUCUGUAUGCUUUUUAGCGGUAUUGGUGUGUUAGGCUCUUUAUAUGUGUGCACAGUUGUUGUUAUUAAGUACUUCACAAAUGGACCAGCAGAAAAUAUUCAUGUGGCCACGUCACCGGACACUUGGCAAGAUGUCUUCAUUGCUGUACCUGCCAUUUGCUUUGGUUUCCAGUGUCAUAUUAGUUCGAUCCCUGUCUACGCAAGUCUGAAAAAACGUACGGUGGCGCAAUUUUCCAAAGUGUGUGUAAUAGCUUUGUUUUUAGCUUUUACCGUGUACACUUUAACAGGCAUCUUUGGGUCAUUGACCUAUGGUACAAGUUCGUGUAGCGAUAUACUCAAGUCUUACGAUGCGGAUGAUGUUAGCAUGACAAUCGCCAGAAUCAUGAUUGCAGCGUCUGUUUUAACUGCUUACCCAAUCCUACAUUUUUGUGGCAGGUAUGUCAAUCAAUAUCAACAUCA